AACGCGCAUUCCACUACUUGUGGGCGCAACGCAAGCGCACCGGGUCUCGCGGCUAUGGAUACCUGGAUGGGAUCGAUUUGACUGGGUAAAGGAGGAAUCCAACAGUGGAGGGAGAGGUAUAGCUAUGCAAUGAGGAAGAAAAAGGAGGAGGUGGAAGUGGUGGUGGUCUUGCUGCUGGUGGCGGCGGUGGUGGCGAGCCUGGGAGAUUUAUCCCAGGACAGAGAUGCGCUGCUAGAUUUUUACAAUGCAGUUGGGAGCGCGAGCAGCAACCGGCGGCUGGGCUGGAACAGGAGCGCUGGCGCGGGUCCCUGCGAUUGGCGCGGGAUCGAGUGCUCCUCCACUGGAAUCACCAGGAUUCGACUGCCCGGGGUGGGUCUCGCUGGAAGCGUCCCUCCCGGUAGCCUCUCCUCGCUGACGAGCUUGCGGGUUCUCAGCCUCCGCUCCAACCGGCUGGGCGGUCCCUUCCCCGAUCUCCGCAACUGUUCCCAGCUCCGCGCGCUCUAUCUCCAGGACAAUCGCUUCUCCGGCCGGCUCCCCCCGGAUUUCAGCCUGUGGCCGCAGCUCCUCCACAUCAAUCUCGCCUACAACGCGCUCAAUGGCAGCAUUCCCACCUCCAUCAACAGCCUCACUCGCCUCACCACGCUCAACCUCGAGAACAACACGCUGUCCGGGGGCCUGGCGCCGGAGCUCUCCCUCCCCAGGCUGGUGAGAUUCAGCGUCGCCAACAACAAUCUCUCCGGCCCAGUGCCACAGCGCCUCCAGGGAUUCUCCUCGGCCGCCUUCGAUGGCAACGUUCUCAUCUGCGGCCCUCCACUCAGCAACAAUCCCUGCCCCAUCACCGCUGCCCCUCCGGCCAUCACCCCGGGCAUCCCGCCCCCGGGAAGAAGAAGACGCUCCAGAGGCCUCAGCUCGGGCGCCAUCGCUGGAAUUGUGCUGGGAAGCAUCGCCGCGGCCGUGGUCGCCGCCCUCCUCUGCUGCUUGCUCGUCGCGAGAUCCCGGCGGCAAAGGCGAGCCACUGGAGGAGGAAACAGGCAUGUGACAGUAAGAGCUCGAGCUCAAUCCAGCUUCAAGCCCAGCGCCGGGGCGGUGGCGGCUGGCGGAUCAGGAGGAGAUCACGCGGGCGAUUCCACGUCCAAGGAGGAGGAUCUGUCCAGCUCCCUCCAGGGCGAUCAGCUGGUGGGCAGCAAGCUCGUGUUCUUGGACCCGGCCAGGAGGGGCUCGUUUGAUCUCGAGGACUUGCUGCGAGCGUCGGCCGAGGUUCUUGGCAAGGGCAGCAUUGGAACCACGUACAAGGCAGUGCUCGAGGAUGGCAGCAUUGUGGCGGUGAAGAGGCUCAAGGACGUGACCGCGCCUCCCUCGCAGUUCGAGCACAACAUGCAACUCAUUGGAGGUCUCCGCCACCGGAAUGUGGUGCCACUCCGAGCUUACUACCACUCCAAGGACGAGAAGCUGCUCGUCUCGGACUACAUGCCGCGAGGGAGCUGCUCGGCUCUCCUCCACGGGAACAGAGGAGCUGGGAGGAGUCCCCUGGAUUGGCCAUCGCGUCUCCGGAUCGCCGACGGCGCUGCGAAGGGUCUGGCAUACAUCCACGAGCAAAACGGCGGCACGUUCGUUCAUGGCAGCAUCAAAUCGUCCAAUGUGCUGCUGGCCAAGGACUUCGAGGCGUGUGUGUCGGACGCCGGGCUCGCGCAUCUCCUCACCACCAACGCCGCCGCCACCUCGUCGCGGAUGCUCGGCUACCGGGCGCCCGAGGUGCUGGAGACGCGCAAGGUGACGCAAAAGUCGGACGUUUACAGCUAUGGAGUGCUGCUGCUGGAGCUGCUCACUGGGCGAGCCCCGACGCAGGCGUCGCUUACCGACGAGGGGAUUGAUCUGCCGCGAUGGGUCCAGUCGGUGGUGCGCGAGGAGUGGACGGCCGAGGUGUUUGAUCUGGAGCUCAUGCGCUACCACAACAUCGAGGAGGACCUGGUGCAAAUGCUGCAGCUAGCUUUGAGUUGUACGUCGGUGGCGCCGGAGCAGCGGCCCAGCAUGAGGCAAGUGGUGGAGACGAUCGAGCAGCUGAGGCGUGCCAGCAGUAGCGAUGGUGGUGGUGGCGGCGGUGGUAGUGGUAGUGGCACUGGCGAGGACACAUCCUGAUUCAUUCCUUAGGCCUGAUCGAACUCCAUUGUUUUGUUCCUUUACUCGGGGUGUUGCAUAAGAUCUUUCGAUCAUUGUUGUCAUCAAUCGCCAUCAUCCAUGUAGAACACCUGGGAUUGGAUUGUUUACAUUGGAUUUUGAAAAAACCUGUCUUUUUGUUCAA